AUGACAUUCAACCCUCGUCGAAAGAGCUCGGGCAACGGAGCCUUCCUCAUCUCCAACCGUCAGUCUCAAUCGACAACCAAGAUGGACCAAACACCUCCUCCACGACCACGCAACCAGGCCUUGUUCCGGCUACGCAAAUUUCGGACCAUCCUGCAACCAAUCCUUCUUGUCUUGACCUUCAGCACCUUGAUCCUAGCUGCCAUCUACGCCUACUGCGUCGCCAAGCCUUACACGGACAUCCCAGAUCGCCUGGCCGCCGACGUCCACGCCGAAGCCAAUUCCUCCCUAUUUGGCAAACGGGAGACAGCACCCUAUGCAUCCGACUCUUUAUCAAGCACAACAAGGUCGACAACCAACUCAUCAAUCUAUUCAGCCAAAAACCAACCCGAAACCGCCCUCCUGUUCUAUGCACUUACUGUGCCAUCUGUUUCUCUAAUCCACCUCGUCCUUGAGCUCACCAUGCACCACCAAACCCCGCAGAUCCUCUCCCUUCGCAAGACGUACAUUGCAUUGCUAGCCACUUCCUCCCUCCUUAUUUGUGGCUGGAUUGCCUCCCUGUCGUUCUGGAUGCACUGCGAACUGCCUAUCUUCAACCGAGACAUCUCUGGCCAGGCUGUGUGUCCCGUGCAAGUCAGAGGCCAUUUCAUGUACGGCAUCCACGAAGUAAGCAUUGCGAGGAUUGUCGUCGGCUGGAUUGUGGUAAUGAUGUAUAUGGGCCAUGUGGUGGUGAUGGUGAUGGGCUACAGAGUACAGAGGAGGAUCUGGAGGAUCAUUGGUCCCCAAACAGGAGACAACGACGUGGAAAUGACACAGGAAGAGGCACGGGUCGUUGUGGUCAAAUUCGGGGAUGACGUGAAAGGAGGUGAUGGAGGGUCGGGGAAGGAGACGACCGUGGUAUAA